UUCAGGAGAUGAGUUAAAAUGCAGCACACCACGUGCACAGAGGACAGGAUCUACCACGCGCUGGAGAGGUGUCUCCACGGGCUCAGCAGGGAUGCUGUGUCCAGCAGAUGGGCCGCCGGGCUGUGCCUGAACUGCUGGAGCCUGCAGGAGCUGGUGAGCCGGGACGCUGGUAACUACCUCAUCCUGGUGGAGAAGAUCCUGGGCAAGACCAAGGAGGUGCAGGACAGGUGUGACUACGACCUGGUGACGCCCCUAGCCCUGCUCUUCUACUCGGCCGUGCUCUAUGCUCCACACUUCCCACCCGGCUCUGACCUGCUCCUGAAAGCUGCCAGCAUCUACCACAGCUUCCUGACGUGGCCCGUGCCCUACUGUGACACCUUCCGGGAGCUGCUCACCUUCAUCAGCAACGAGCUCAAGGCGCCAGGAAUCACUUUCCAGAGGCUGGUGAGGACAGAACAGGGGUUGCCUGUGAAGAACUACCAGAGCUCCACGGUGACGGUGCUGCUGCUGAACCGCUCGGAGGUGCAGAGUGAGUUCCUGUCCAUCGCCGAGAAGCUGAGCUCCAGCGAGCCCCCCCAGCACUCCACGCUAUUGCUGCUCCUCCAGCACCUCUACCAGGCCAACUUCGGCAGCCGCUGCGACCUGCACAGGCUGCACCACCUGCUCAAGUCCAAGCCCCUGGAGGAGCUCUCGGAGCUCUACGCCAGCGCUGCCGGCGCGCAGGAGGCGGCGGCCGCCAGCAGCGACCCCGCCCUGGCCCGGGAGCGGCCCCCCCCCUGCCCUCCCUGCCCCCCCCUGGCCCGGGAGCGGCUCCAGGCCGUGCUGCGCGACAUCGCCGGGGCCGCCUCCUUCUCUGCCGGCACAGGCGAGGCCCAGCCCCACAAGCUGCAGCCCAUUGCUAUCCCCCCUGCUCGCUGCUACACCUACAGCUGGGACCAGGACAACUUUGACAUCCUCAACGAUGUCCUCAGCAAGGAGUGCAGCAUUGCUGAGCCCCUGGCCUCGGAGAACGAGGAGGAGGAUGAGGAGGAAGAGGAGGAGGAAGAGGAGGAUGUGGAGACCGACGGCGGCUCCCCUGAGCAGGAUUCGCUGCUGUCCCCGCUCUGUGCCAUCUCCAGUGACUCUGUGUACUCCGUGCAGUCCGAGGAGGGCUCCAAGCCCUCGCGAGUGUCCCUCUUCACCUCCUCCAAGGAGUCCAUCUCGGAGCUGACGGUGGUCUCCAGGAAGUCCCUGAAGUCGUUCGUGUCCAGCCUGAAGGACUGCAUGGACAGCGGCUACGCCGAGGACAGCGACGAGAGCUCUCUGGACACGGCGGGCAGGACGGAGCCGAGGGCGGAGCGGCCGCCGCCCAGGCACCGGCAGUCGCUGACCAACAAGCUCUACAAGCUGUUCAAGGGCAAGAGCCAGCAGCUGGUGCAGCGCCGGGAGCUGCGGGACUGCCCGGGGCCGUGCUCGCUGCCGCUGCGGCGCGCCGAGAGCCUGUGCCCCACGCUGCGCGUGGUGGUGUUCGGCUCGGACCGCAUCUCGGGCAAGGUGGCCCGCGCCUACAGCGACCUCAGGCUCAAGGAGAGCUCCUGCCCCUCACUGACACGGUACUUCAGGCUGCAGUUUUUCUACGUCCCCGUGAAGAGGAGCUGCGUGGCUCCGUCGACCCCGCAGAUGCAUCAUCACCCCUCGCCAUCCCCGGGGGAGCCCUCGUCCCGGGCACAGGACCCCUCCCUGGCUGGGAUGGAGAACAGCACCAACGACAUCUCGCACUACAUCGGCCUGCUGGACCCCUGGUACGAGCGCAACGUCCUGGGGCUGAUGAACCUGCCCAUGGACGUCCUGUGCCAGUGUGCCAAGCCCGAGGCUGAGCCGCAGGAGGACUCGCAGGAGCAGCUGCCCAUCCUGGCAGACAUGAUCCUCUACUACUGCCGCUUCGCCACGCGCCCCGUGCUGCUGCAGCUCUACCAGACCGAGCUCACCUUCAUCGGGGGGGAGAAGAGGACCGAGGUCUUCAUCCACUCCCUGGAGCUGGGACACUCAGCAGCCACAAGGGCCAUCAAGGCCUCAGGUCCAGGAAGCAAAAGGCUGGGAAUAGAUGGAGACAGGGAGGCAAUCCCACUGACACUACAGAUUGCAUACAGCAAGACAGCUGCCAGUGGCAGGAGUCACUGGAAUGACGUGGAGAAGGUCUGCACAUCCAUCAACCUCAGCAAGGCCUGCAGGAAGCACGAGGAGCUCGCCUCGAAGACAGAAUGUCUCAACUUAACCAUGACCGAGGUGGUCAAGAGGCAGAACUCCAAAUCCAAGAAAAGUUUUAAUCAGAUCAGCGUGUCCCAGAUCAAAGUGGACAAGGUGCAGAUCAUCGGGGUCCAGUCCUCCUUCGCCGUGUGCCUGGACCAGGAUGAGCAGAAGAUCCUGCAGAGUGUAACCAGGUGUGAGAUCUCCGUGUGCUACAAGCCCCGGGACAGUGACCCCCUGGCCCCACGGGGGUCCCCUGUGCCUCCCCAGGACCCCUCUGAGUUCCACUCCCUGCUGUGUUUGCCCUUGGCCACCUUCAGCGGGGCGCUGCCCUAGAGGAGCCGUGUCCCCCCCGACGCGUGCCCGCGCCCGUUCAGGCUCGGGAGAAGGAAGAGGACGCCGAGCCCUGCGUGUCCCAGAGCUCCUGCAUCCAGAGGGGCGCUGGUGGUGGUGUGCUGGCUGAGCUGCUCCUGCUCCAGGCUCAGCCCUCCUCGGGGAACGGGGUCCUUGUGCUCUGCUGUCUCCGGGCGUCCCUCAGCAAGGGGAGGAAGGUGGUUCCUGGAUAGCUCUCUGUGGAUCAGCAGAUGCCAGCACCUGGCUGGGAGGGCAGGGUGAGGACAGGGAUAUUCCCUGCCAGAAAAUGGUGCAAGUGGGAUGUGGGGGAAGGGUGAGCUGCUGGGGGAAUAUUUGGGAAAAGGGAUGUUCUUGGUUCAGGGGUGUCAGGUGGGAAUCAGUGCAUGGGAAUUACAGAUCCCAUUGGAUUGGUGAAACGCCAACCCACAUCCUGGUGCUGUUUCACCUGUGACAUGUCGAGGAUGCUCAGGACAGUUUUUUAGGAUGGGGACAGGUUUCUCAAGGUUUCCCUUCCCUUCUGGAGGUCGGGUGUGUUGCAGUGAAGCAGAGAAGGAGUCCUGCAGCGUGGAUUGGGUGUGUCCCAGGGAACUGAGUGCAAUAGGCCAUCCCAGGGCAAGCCCAGCUGGUGGUGGAUCUGUGUAUUUCCUGUACAUCCAGGAGAGGAAUUCCCAAUUCCUGCUGGAUUCCAGCACUGUGUGCCAGAUCCAGCCCAGGGCUGAACCCUCAGUAGUUGUUGGAAAUCAAUCAGGAGCCAUGCUGGACUCCCAGCAGGGAGGGAAGUACUGGGGGCAGUAUGAGGAUUGCCUUAGGCCCACCUGCAGAGUCCUGUUGGCUGGAGAAGGACACAGCACCAAACCCACCGAGUGACACCUGCAAGUGACAGCAGCAUUUGAGAUCCUCCCCUCCCAGCCCCACAAACAUUCCAACCUCUUCCUCCUCUCUGCAAGGCUAUAGGUACAGAAAGGUGCAAUAUUUGAAAAUGUUUAGGGGUUAUCUGACCCUAUGAUGAGCAAAGAAAUAAGCCUGGAAAAGCCUCAGGCUGUUUCUGGGUGGGCUUUGGGGAUUGUCUGGGUGCUAGCAGCACAACAGCUCGCUGCCUGCUGCAGGCUCAAAGGAGCUUGAUCCCACAGUUCUGUGUUGCCUGGGUUUGUCUGGAAGGGACCCCUGGCACUGCUGGGGGCUGCAGGGCUCAGCCACAGUGGGGUCAGUCCAUGGGGUCCCUUGGCCUCCCAGGAAACAGGACCUGGUGUGCUCAGCCCUGUCCCCAAGCCUGGUGGCAGAGCAGCAGUGUCACCUGAGGUUCAGUCUGCCAGGGAAAGGAGCACGGCUCCUGGGGGCUUCAGGUGUCUCAGAGGAGUGGGGGUCAGGUUUGUCUGCAGGAUUCCCCCAUCCCUGCUGGAAGUGUUGGGGGUCCCUCCUGUGCCCCUGGCUGUUCUCCUGCCGCUGCUGGACACAUCCUGCUCCCACUGGCCCAGGGCUGAGCACCGUGCUCCCCAAGGUGCCCUCUGGUGUCCUGGGCAGCUCUGGGUGCAGCUCCUGCCAGGGCCAGGCAUGAGGAACCCCGAGAUGUGCCUGCACUCCUGAGGCCUCUGCGCUUCCCCCUGCUGCUUGAAUCCACCACCCCAGGCUGGUGCAGCCACGGGGAUCCAAGGAAAGCCCCUCAGGGGGCGAAGCCUCCCUUAGGCAUGAGCAGGAGCCCCGGCCCCACCCCAGAGCAGAGCCAGGCUGGUCCCCAGCAAGGAUCCACUUCCCUGCCUUACACCAGCUCCAGGAGCACACAGCUCAUCCAAGGGCCUGGAGCAGUGUCCAUCCUUGGCAGGGACCCCUGGCAGGGCAGGGCUGGGCCCUGCUGGGCUGUCCCCUCCUCACAUCCAUCUGAUACUCCAUCACUGUUUCAAGCCCAAGAGGCUUGAGGGAUCAGGAUCAGAUUUUAGUGGCUCUUCCCAUGCAUUUGGGAAGGGUUUUCUCACUGACUUUUCCUUCCCCAAACAGGUUUGGGGUAUGUUCUCUCCAAUGGGGCUGGGAUUUGGCAAGUGGUUGUUUUUCUUCAGGGCUUUAAAAUAGCACCUUACCUUGUCAAACGCUGCUCUUGGGGAUCUUGGUAUCUGUGGCUAAAUCCAUGCCAGGACAAAAAUCCCUCUGGGUUCACUUGGCCCUGCAGCAAUCCUGGAGAAGAGAAUUUCCAUCCCAUGAAUAAAACCAAGCACUAACUCCAGGGACUCAUAAUCCUGGCAAAGGUUCUGACCUCUGAUGCUUUCUGGAAGUCAAAGAAUCCCAGGGUUCUUUGGGGUCGUCUUUGUACAUUUGUGUAGCCUCAGCAAAUCUGUGUAAAUUCUGUGCUGAUCUGUAAAAUACUGUGCAGAGAACUUUUAAAGUAAUUGUAAAAUAUUAAAAGUUGAUUUAUUUCCAGUACAGG